AUGUAUUGUACCGUCAUAUUGAAAUUUAUCUCUCUUCUUGCAUAUAUCCAUGCUGAGGAUGUUGUAGGUAAUUAUAAAGGUGAUUAUAAAGCUGCCUAUCAAGUAUCUCAUUAUGCAUUUUUCAAAGAAUGCCACAUGAAACAAAUAGAAAUUUUCGAAAGUGAGGAAACAAAUAGUAAUGACCUGAACUGUGAGCAGUUUUGGACUUUGAAAGGAAAAGAUAAAAGUAAACUGGAUAAAUUAAUUCUAGGCAUAACCUACACUUCAAGCGAGAUAAACAUAAAAUUAUUUCUCAACGAGUUUUUUGCACAAAAUGUUGAAGGAACAAUCCGUCUCAUAAACAGAUACCACGACGGUUUUUCAAAACCGCUGCAAAGGCAAUAA